AUGGCGAAGCGUAACUCGGGUCAUUUUGAACCGUUUCCAUAUAAUCAUGAAUACUACGCACUCCUUCGUAUUAAAGAGAAUGAAAGAUUCUGCCACUACGAAUUUCAGGCACGAUCUCCCCAAUUACCCCUUCGACAAGAGUUGAUCAAAUCAUUGAAGGAGCUCAACGACAAACUAAAUCUGUCUGUUUCUACAUUUCACCUAGCAAUUCAUCUGCUGGACAUAUUCAUGGACUGCCAUGAAAUUGAACCUCAGCAGUUGAUGUUGACUGGGUCAACAUGUCUGUUGCUUGCAGCUAAAUAUGUUGAUGUCGAUACUAAUGUUCCAAAAUUUUCACAUUUGCGAUCUUUGACCAACUAUUGCAAUUCAAUUCAUGAGUUUUCAUUGAUGGAAAGGAUGCUGCUAAAUUUUUGGAAAUGGGAUCUGAACUACUCAACAUCCUUAGAUUUCUUGGAACACUAUUUGUCUUGUGAUCUCUUUAAAUGUGCUGAAGGACUCCACACAAACAGCUUGAAUAAUUUUAAAUGCCAAUCUGUGUACUUGGCCAAUCUGACACUAUCUGAAGUCAAUUUCAUCUUCUUUAAAUCGUCAGUCAUCGCUGCCGCUUGUGUUGUAGUUGCCCGAAUUCAGUUCAGAUUGCUCCCCACAUGGACAAAUGGAAUGGAAAUAUUGACUGGCUAUUCCUAUGUGGAAAUUGAAGAAUGUGUUCAACACCUUGUCCAUUUGGCCCAAAUAACGCAAAGUGAAUGUUUCUUUAACCAUUUGCAGCAACAGCCCUCGGCUUUAAUACGUGAAGAACCGAGGGUAGAUUGCAAAUGGAACUUGAAGGGUGUAUCUAAUCACAACUGUGCCAGAACAAAGCGGAAGCAUUUGAUACAUUCUCGUGAUCUAAAACAAAUGUACCGAUUAACAGACUGCGCUAUGUAA